AUGUCGAAGACCGGACCGCAGCAACCUAUCGACACCGACGAUAUCCAGAACCCCAAGUUCGCUGCAUCGACCCUCGAUUUCCUCCUAAUAGAGCUGGUGCCGCUCGUGCAGAGAGUGACCGAGCAGGCUGAAGCACGCGCGCAGGCUCUGCGGGACGAAUACAGAAGAAGCCAAAUACUCAGUCAGCCUUCCGACUCGGCUUCAGCGUCAGACGAUGGAGCUAAAAAAGCUACGGAGUCCGACAGCAAAGAUGCGGAGAAGAAUGGAAAGGUAGUAGCGCGAGGCGAAGAGAGACCGUUGACGUCUCUGGGCAUACCUGCCACUACGCCCACAACGCAGGAAGCGAUGUUCGCCCGCCUCGAUAUGCUGGGAUACAGAGUCGGUCAGGGGCUGGCAGAGCGGUUCUCAGCCAACACUCCUCGACCACAGACACCACUGGAUGUGAUCAAGUUCCUCUGCAAGGACCUUUGGCUCGUUCUCUUCCGCAAGCAGAUCGAUAACCUAAAGACGAACCAUCGUGGCAUCUUUGUGCUCACGGACAAUCGAUUCCACCCGCUUUCGCGUAUGUCGAUCGAUAGGAGGGCAGGGCCGAAGGCGAAGGAGGACGGUCUGGCGAGGGCGCAACUGUACCUCUUCUUCCCAGGUGGAGUGAUACGUGGUGCUUUGUCAGCCCUUGGAAUCGAUGCGACGGUGUCCGCUGAGUCGACGGAGCUGCCUUCGGCGACAUUCCAGAUCAAGACAAAAGGUGCGAAAGCUUGA